AUGCCGGGUGCUCCUUUUUCUAAGUUCUCACUUCAUGUCUAUGAAACAUUUUUCAUAAUAUUGCAAAUUGUUUGCAACACAUCUUAUGCCUCUAAUGAUUUCUCAACCUUGCUUAAUCCUAACAAUAAUGUUGAAAAUGAUACUAGGCCAAUUGUAUCAUUUGACAUUAUUGGUCAAUCACUCUCAUAUCCUGCAGGUGGAGAAUUUGGAAAGGGGACAAUUGAUCUUGGAGGACUUGAAGUGUAUGAAGCUUUGUACUUUAAGAAAAUAUGGGAAACACACAGUGGUGGUCCAAAGGGUCUUGGUGUGUCAUUUUAUGAACCAACUUCCAUCCCUGUUGGCUUCAAUGUGAUUGGUCACUAUUGCAAACCAAACUCUAUGGCUAUGUUAACAUCAGUUCUUACAGCUAAAGACACCACACAUGACCCAUCACAUGGUGCCCUAAAGAGUCCCAUAGACUACACUCUUAUUUGGACUAGUAAAGGUUUGAAUGUAAGCCAACGACAAGAUGGAUACAUUUGGCUCCCAGUCCCACCGGACGGUUAUAAAGCCAUCGGUCACAUUGUCACGACUUCACCUGAAAAACCCUCACUUGACAAGGUUAGGUGUGUUAGAUCCGACUUCACGGAUUUAACCAAGGUGGACAGAUGGAUAUGGGGUCAUAAGAUGCAGAGCGGUUUGAGUAUGGUCGAUUUGCAUACUACAAAACCUAAAACUAGAGCACUAAGUGUUCCAACAGGUAUGUUUUUGGCGCGAAAUGGCUCGAAUACGCAUGAGUUAGUGUGUUUAAAGAUGGUCAAGACUGACCCUUAUUCUGCUAUGCCCAAUUCAUUACAAAUUAGAACAAUGAUCAAUGCUUAUGCUCCAUGGGUCUACUUCCAUCCGGAUGAGCAAUACUUUCCAUCAUCCGUUUUGUGGUUCUUUGAACACGGGGCUGAGUUACACCAACGUGACCAACCUCCAAGGCUUGUGAUCAACGAUGGCGAUAACCUUCCAAACAAUGGUACCGCAGAUGAUGCCUUUCUAGACCUUCCACAAGAUCAACCUUCCAAAGAAAGGUUACAAAAAGGGUUUUUGGCUGAUGCAGUCGCUUACAUACAUGUAAAACCAGCACUCGGGGGAACAUGUACCGAUCUUGCCAUAUGGUUGUAUUACCCUUUUAAUGGGGGAGAGAGGUUUCAACUAGGACCUCACACCAUAAACUUAGGAAAGAUAGGGGAGCAUGUUAGCGAUUGGGAACAUAUAACGUUAAGGGUCGAAAACUUUCAUGGGACUCUACAUGGGGUCUACCUAUCUCAACACGCCAAGGGAAAUUGGUUCACGCCUAGCGAAUUCGAGCUCAUGAAUGGAACUAGACCAGUGGUGUAUGCAUCUUUGCAUGGUCAUGCGCAUUACUCUACUCCAACUUCUUUUAUACAUACGCCUGAAAACCUUGAUUCAAGCGUUAUAAGGAUGUUAUAUGAUGAGUUUCAGAUGAUGAACGAUUCAAGAAAAUCAUCAUUUGUCAAGAAGGAUAGCGUUGUUGGGUUUGGUGUUAGGGAUGAUACUGCGAAAAGCAAAAACUUGAUGGACAUUGCAUCAACCUAUAAUGUUGUUUGUGUUGAUUACAUGAAAUUAGGCAUUGAACCAUGGUUAGAUUAUACAGGAAGAUGGGGUCCUAAGAUUACUUAUGAUAUUAUAAAAGAUGUGACAGAUCUUGCAAACACUUUGCCAGAUAAUGUCAAAGAAGUUAUCAUUAAAGUUUUGCAACAGCUCCCUCCUAAGUUGCAUGGAGAAGAAGGGCCUCAAGGCCCUAAAAUGAAAGAAAGUUGGACCGGGGAUGAGCCAGUAUGA